AUGGCAGAUCAAUUCUUAUAUGGAACUAAAGUGAUAGUUGUCGAUAUCCCGUUGUUGUUUGAAGCAAAGAUGGAUAAAUGGACAAAACCCAUUGUAGUUGUUUGGGUCAGUCAAGAAACUCAACUUAAGAGACUGAUGGAGAGAGCUGGACUGAGUGAGGAAGAUGCAAGAAACAAAGUAAUGGCUCAGAUGUCUUUGGAUUUGAAACAGAGUGUGAUGGCUCAGAUGCAAAGCUGA